ACACACACACACACACACACACACACACACAGAGCAGAUAAAGUCUCUCGCUUGACAGCGCCUCUCUCCCACACACACACACACACCGCAUGCACACACACACACACAUACUCCCACUCUUCAGUUGCUUGGUGGCUCUCGCUGGUUCUUCUUGAUUCACGUGAAGGAUGUUGUUCUCCACUCUUCUCCUCACUGUCCCGUUUGUGUUCUUGUCGUCAGGUGAGCGUUUAUUGUCUAAUGAAACCCUGAUUGAUGCCGGUGUUAACCAAACUCUACAUUAUGGAGAUACUACUGAGGGGUAUCAUGAUAAUAUCACCACCACUCCCCAUGAGGCCAUUAAUGACACUCUUCUAUUGGAUGACACCCUUCCAACAAAAGUGUCACAAAGGGAUAGAGAGACUCCCCAUGCCCUGCCACACAGUCAUAACAGCAACAUGGUUCCUAACAUCAAUAAGACUCUACUGUUCAACGACACUUUGGAAGGAAAUGUGACCUAUGAGGACAACGAGGCCUUUCAGGACCAGGAGGAGUACCACGUCCACUGGCACUGCAACACCUCCGAGCUGGAGUUCUACAGUGACGAGUUUUGUGGAGCUCAGUUUCACGUCCAGAUGUCUGCUAUCCCCAAGCAGAGAUGGUGCGACUGGGAGGAGGUUAUUAAGCCCUACAACGUACUGAGCAUAUGCAUGGAGUAUGUGGCAGGCCAGCUCUCCUGUUACUACCCCAACCAGCAGACGCAUGCGUACUUCAUGGCCACGCACGAGAGCUACUUCUCCUCGUGCCCAGAGGAGGAGGAGGUUCUGUGGGAUGCCCCGCCAGGGCUGGCGCUCGCACUCACACUCCUCCCUGUCAGCCUCCUCCCCGCCUUCGUCAUCAUGGCGGUCUGGAAGAACAGCGGCAGAGAGUAGCGUCCUGAUGUGCUGCUGGGUUAUCAUGAAAUGGUUAGGAUAGGUAUGGAUAGAUUAGGUAAGACACAGGUUGGUUAGGUAAGACACAGGUUGGUUAGUCUAUGUAUAUGAUAUUUAAAGACACUAUAAAUGUAGUUAUAGAUAGGUUAGGUAAGACACGGGUUGGUUAUAACAUGUAUAUGAUAUUUAAAUACACUAUAAAUGUGGGUGGGUAUGUUGGGUGUGUGUAGGUUAGAAGGAUACAGGUUGGUUAUGUGUACGUAUAUGAUAUUUAAAGACACUACAAAUAUAUAUAAUCAGAUGUGAAGGAAAUAUUAGUUCUUGUCAUCCUCAUCCAUCUCAGGCCAUUGUGUUUGUGUCUGUGUGCGUGUGUGUGUGUGCAUGUGUGCAUGUGUGUGUGUGUGUGUGUGAAUGUAAUCCCUUUGAAUGUGAUCUGAAUGUUGAACAAUGCCGAUCCUUCCCUUAUAAUGAAACCUUGGCUUGUUGCUGUUUUAAUACAUCUCCACCUUCCAAAAACCUGCAUUCGCCUCGUUGGACACUCCCAUUGUGGUAAUCUGUGUUUGGGUGGGUUGUAGCAUUUGAAAGUAUGUACAGAACUAUUUGUAAUGGGACCAUUAUCUCCUGCUGCAGUCUAAACUGUUGUUUCCGUUUGCUUUCACGACAAAUAAAUGACAAAUCAAUUCUGAAA